AAUCUCCACUCCAUCUGCAGAAUCAAUCUCCACUCCAUCUGUAGAAUCAAUCUUAACCCAUUUCUUCUUCUUCUUUAAAUGCUCUCUCAUCUCCACUCCUUUACAAAACCGAUCUUAACCCAUUUCUUCUUCUUCUCUUUUCUCAAGAGAACUUGAGAAAUUGAAUCCAGCUACUGGGUUUCUCCACUCCAUCUGCAGAAUCAAUCUCCAUUCCAUCUGCAGAAUCAAUCUUAACCCAUUUCUUCUUCUUCUCUAAAUGCUCUAAUCAAUCAAACUCUCAAAUUUAUUAAUCAAACAAUAUCAAUCAAACUCUAAUCAAAUUUCAACAAAAAUACAAUCAAAUUGUAAAUCAACUCUCAAAUUUAUUAACAAUUGGAAAUGAAAAUCGAAAGAAGAAUGAAAAAACAUGAAUCCAUCAUCAAAACAGCAAAAUUGGCUUCAUCAGAACCCAGCUGGGUCUUGUCGGAACCCAGCAAGGGAGACCCAGCCUUGCUGGGUUCGACGGAACCCAGCAGAUCUAGGUCUCCUCGAACACAGCCUAGCUGGGUCUCCCCGAACCCAACAAGGCUGGGUCUCCCUUGCUGGGUUCCAACGAGACCCAGCAAGCUGGGUUCGACGAGAUCCAAUAGGCUGAGUUCGUCGCAGCCAUCAGAAGUGGAGACCCAAGGCAAGAAAGAAAGAAAGAGAAAGAAAGAAGGGGAAGAAGAGGGAUUGGGUGGCACAAUCGCGAUCACCGAUAAAUUCGGGAUCCAACUUGCGUCGGCCGAGGUACCACGAAAUCUUCUGCAAGAAUCACUGAAGAAAAUCGGAGUCCUAGAUCACAUCAACCAAGGGAUCACAGAUACGUCUAAUCCUUAACAAAUCACAGGUAUAUCAUCUCUAACUUUCUUCCAUCCCUUCUUGACAAAUAUAUUUUACCUUUUCUUGUCACCCUACAAUAGAGGAUUACUUCUCAUGAUUCCGUACCCUUUUUUUUUUUUAAUAAUUUCUAAAAUUCUAC